AUGGGGCGCGACGAGAACGGGGACGGCGAUAGACGAAGGCGGCGCGACAAUGACGACAGUGACAGAAGACGCGAUGAAAGAGAACACCGGUCGUCACGGCGGAGGUCACCGGGUGGCGAUGACGAUCGCGAUAGACGUCGCCGUAGAUCACGAGAGCGGCGCAGAUCGAAGUCGCCAGAUUCCGCCAGCAGGUCAGGUCGCGAUCACCACAGCAGUCGACAACGCGACAACAGCAGUCGACAACGCGAAAGGAGCCGCGACCGAGAUAGGCGCUCGCGACGCACCGAGCAUGAUGGCGAUGACAGCGGGAAGCACUCGUCUCGUCGUCGACGGGACGCCGACCGCGACCGCGACAAGCCCAAGGAGAAGAGCAGAGGCAGCCCCGUCCGGCGCGGCGGUCCCCUGCCCUCGCAGGAGGCGUCGUUUGCCGUGACCCAGGGCGAGGAGCCCGCCAAGCCCAAGGAAAAGGCCAACUUUGGCAACACGGGUCUCCUUGCUGCGGCGUCCAACGCGGUGACGCAGGCCGACGGCUCGACGGUGGCGCUCAAGUACCACGAGCCGGCCGAGGCGCGCCGCCCGCCGCCGCGCGACCAGUGGCGGCUGUACGUGUUCAAGGGCGCCGACGUGGUGGACACGGUCGACCUGGGCGCGCGCAGCUGCUGGCUGAUCGGCCGCGAGGCCACCGUGGUCGACCUGGAGGCGGCGCACCCGAGCGUGAGCGGGCAGCACGCGGUCAUCCAGUUCCGGUACUCGGAGCGGCGCGACGAGUUCGGCGACCGCACGGGGCGUGUCCGCCCGUACCUGAUCGACCUGGAGAGCGCGCACGGGACGGUGCUCAACGGAGGGCGCAUCCAGGACAGCCGCUACCUGGAGCUCCGCGACAAGGACGUGGUGCAGCUCGGGCAGAGCACGCGCGAGUACGUCGUCAUGUUGGCGCCGCGGGAGUGA